CAAAGAUAUGCAGGGCGUCACACAGAGUGAAAACAAAUGUUCUGUUUUAGCGAAGAAAAUCAAUUCCCAAAAAAAUGGACGUCCUAGAUGGUGUUCCAAAGUGUGUCCUCGGUUACCAGGUCAAGACUCGAACGCAGAUUGUGUUGAAUUUUCUGAUUCCGGUGGUAUUUGAAUUAUUAGUGUACACCGUAGUUAUGACUGCCGAUGUUUUGGUGACGAUUGAACACUUUCGCAAUGGGCAUCAAAGUUGGGCAUGGUUAACGCUUAGUUUCAUGUGGCUACCGGCGAUUGCAUGUUUCUCAGCAACGCUUUCUUCGCCUAGUCAGUGGCCCGAAGUAGUUGGAUGUGACGAGCAAACCGGCAGAUUUGUGAUGAAGAAUUUAUUGGUGCUGCUAUUGUUCCCCGUAGCAGCAAUUUACAGGUUCAACCGCAGAAUAUUUUGGAGCAUCGAAGCCCUUUUUCACGAGCGAACUUCCUACGGAAGAGUCCAGUCAGUGUGGAAAAUAAGAGAAACUUCACCGUUCGAGUUGUACCAUUUCCUGCAGGCUUUCCUACACUCCGCACCGCAGAUGUUUCUUCAGCUGUACAUUCUCUUGCGUGGCAACACCUUUCGAAAUUACGACACAGUAACGGCACAAAUAGUCAGCGUGGUGUUCUCCUUCCUCACGAUGACUGCCAUCAUUACAUCCUAUCAACGUUUCGAAAGUCAAAAGAUUGUUGGACGCUGCUAUCCGUGGAGCUCCGAGGCACAAGUCAAAGCUCGAAAAAGACAAUUUCUACGAACAACCAGCACCGCAGAAAGCUUACUGGCGAACAACAUUUCAUCUGCCGUGCCACAGACCGAUCCGAUCGUAUCCAACAUCAUGAAAAACUUCUACUCCAAGUACGGAGAAGACCCAUCCACGCCUGGUGGCUCUGGAAUUAAUCGCAAAACUCUGCACGUAGACCAAUCGAACUACAACUCGUAUUCCUCCAAAAAACACAACGACCCAUACAUAAACUACACGGAUGACGACAAGUUAACCGUUUCCGAUACCGUCGACUCCCUUUCGCCAACGGUCAGCUUUAAACAGGAUCUGAUCGAAAAUAUCGACGAUAUUCGGGAGUACGUUCGUAGAACAGAUGACUCUAAGUUGGAAGGAACCGACGAAAACAGCGAUGACGAAUACUUGGAUCCUGUGUUGGUGGAAACAUACGACCAAAGCCCUCGUACGCCGGCUCCACCGACACCGGCAGCCUACAUCUUGAAUCGAGCUUCCAUGCUGAAGAACGUCUUCGUAUUCAACGCUGAGAACUUUAUCAAGGAUCACGUACCGCGGCUUCCCGAGGGUUUAUUCGAACACGAUGAAAAGAAGGUUCAGAAUCAAGUGGACGGGGACACGGUGUCGCUGCCUUGCCGCAAACAGAUGAUUAAUGGAAUUGAGGAAGAUGAUCUUAUUGGAAAGUCGGUGGCCUUUGCCGGAUGGGUUACAUUCUUGUUGAUGCGAAUGAUUGCGUUGUCGGUGUUCUACGUAUUCUUUCCGACCUAUUUCUGGAUGGUUUGCUUGAACCACUACUUAUUAAUGAUCGCGUGUAUCAUCUAUGAGGUGCGAUUCCACGAGAAGUUGGAGCGAUACUACUUCUACCUGUUUUUGGCAUACAUCUACAUGUUUUCCUUGCUGGAGUUCAAAAUCAGAUUCAUCCACGUGCGCACCUGGUACAUAGGAUAUAUCGUGGUAGUCUUCGCCGAAAACAUCGUACUGAGCAUCUUGUGGUACAAUUUGGGCUCUUUCGAAUCUUGGUGGUUCGAUUUUCUGCACUACAUCACCAUCUGCAGCGGUAUUCUGAGCAUACUUUGUUUUCUCUUUUACUACGCAUUUUUGAAACCGAAGGAUAAGUUGUUGUUUGUUAAUUGAGGAUCUAAACAUGACAGCUUGACUAAAUUGCAAUACCCUGAGUAUUAGUUAAGCUAAACACGAAUAAUAAGAGAAAAUUUGUUUGAUGAGGUUCUUGUUAAUUUCGUCAAAGUUUGUAAAUGAUAAUGUUUAAGUUUAUUUAUUGGAA